GAGAAGGCUGGUUGUUAUGCUGCAGUUGGCAGGCUGCUGCGGGAGGCGGUGGCGGUAGGAAGCCUGAGGCUGCGGGGUGACAGAGUUGGAAAAUAUUUAACUCUCAACAAAUGAAUUCCACACUUGAACUCUGCUGUAUUCCUGUGCCACCUCCUCCUUUAGAGAACUGAUCUUAAGACAGAGAUAAAAGAAGACUAGAAGGUAAAGGAAGAUGCUGGGAUCAGAACGAGCUGUUGUAGAAGAAUGGUUAUCAGAAUUCAAGGCAUUACCUGACACUCAGAUUACCAGUUAUGCAGCAACCUUGCACCGGAAAAAAGCCCUUGUGCCAGCUCUCUAUAAAGUUAUUCAAGACUCAAACAAUGAGCUCCUGGAGCCUGUCUGCCACCAACUGUUUGAGCUCUAUCGUAGCUCUGAGGUUCGACUUAAGAGGUUCACACUGCAGUUCCUGCCUGAAUUGAUUUGGGUUUAUUUGCGACUUACAGUUAGUAGAGACAGGCAGAGCAAUGGCUGCAUUGAAGCACUUCUCCUAGGAAUUUAUAAUUUGGAAAUUGCUGAUAAAGAUGGAAACAAUAAAGUGCUGUCUUUCACGAUCCCUUCCUUAUCUAAGCCUUCAAUAUACCAUGAACCCUCUACAAUUGGAUCCAUGGCUUUGACAGAAGGGGCAUUAUGUCAGCAUGACCUCAUCAGGGUUGUUUACAGUGAUCUUCAUCCUCAGAGAGAAACAUUCACUGCACAAAACCGGUUCGAAGUCCUGAGUUUUCUCAUGCUGUGCUAUAAUUCAGCUAUUGUGUAUAUGCCUGCAUCAUCUUACCAAUCUCUUUGUCGAAUGGGUUCAAGGGUUUGUGUGAGUGGGUUUCCACGACAACAUGAGAAACAGUGGAAGGAACUCUGUGGUCGAAUCGUAUUAGAUCCUGAAUUUAUGGUGCAACUUCUCACAGGAGUUUACUAUGCUAUGUAUAAUGGACAGUGGGACCUUGGCCAGGAAGUACUUGAUGACAUCAUUUAUAGAGCUCAGCUAGAACUCUUUUCUCAGCCACUCUUGGUGGCAAAUGCCAUGAAAAACUCAUUACCAUUUGAUGCACCUGAUUCUUCACAAGAAGGCCAGAAAGUACUUAAAGUGGAAGUCACUCCAACAGUGCCGAGAAUUUCUCGGACUGCAAUUACAACAGCUUCAAUCCGUCGUCAUAGAUGGAGAAGAGAAGAUGGCUUUGACUUCUCAAACGAGGCUGACUCGAGUAUUCCUGGCUCCCCGAUCCAACACGGCUCCACUGACCUAGGGAUCAAACGUGUGCAAGAGGGGGAGGUGCUGGUGCGCAGGACCCCUGAGCAUGGCUCGCCGGAGCCCAACUCAGCAGCAGCCACAACAGAGGGUGCUGAGGGUCUAAAUGGAGGAGAGGAGUCCUUAAACAUGAAUGAUGCAGAUGAAGGAUUUUCAUCGGGGGCUUCUCUCAGCAGCCAACCACAUGGGACCAAACCAUCCUCCUCUUCUCAGAGGGGAAGCUUACGGAAAGUAGCAACUGGGCGUUCCGCCAAAGACAAAGAAACAGCAUCAGCCAUCAAGUCCAACGAGAGCCCUCGAGAUUCAGUAGUUGGGAAGCAGUUUCUACAACAAGCAGAUCUCAGCAUAGAUUCAGUUGAGCUGACACCGAUGAAGAAACACUUGAGCCUGCCUGCAGGCCAGGUGGUGCCAAAAACCAAUAGUCUAAGCCUAAUCCGGACAGCCAGUGCUUCCUCAAGUAAAUCUUUUGACUAUGUAAAUGGUGGUCAAGCAAGUACCAGCAUUGGGGUUGGCACUGAGGGAGUUACUAACCUAGCAGCUACAAAUACUAAUAGAUAUUCAACUAUCAGUCUACAAGAAGACCGGCUAGGUCAUGCUGGUGAAGGUAAAGAGCUCCUCAGCCCAGGAGCCCCCUUAACCAAGCAGUCUCGAUCCCCAAGUUUUAAUAUGCAGCUAAUAUCCCAGGUGUAGUUCUGGUGUCCCCUUGUUCUGCUUCCCUUCUACACUGAACAUUUCAUUGUGCAAGACACGUCAUCCCGCAUUGUGAAAAAGAUGUCACUGUCAUCAGAUUUGACUUAGCUUAGGUAUCUCAUACUGUAUUUUGUAUGGAAACAGCAAUAAGGUUUUCCUUUCCUUUCUUUAACCUCUCCACCUAUUCCCUUAAAUGUGUUUGUGAAGCAGUGUAAAAUGUUUGCCUUUCCAUGCCUUCCUUUCUCCUUGGGUGAUGUGCAAUCCAUCGUAGGCUGAUCGGUCCCAUUUCAACACUGUGAGACUGAGGAGAUGUUAGAGGAAAUGGUGUAUAGGAUCCCUAUGAAGUGAUUCUUUGGCUUUUGUUUAAAAACAAAACGGGUUUGUUCACAUAAUCUAUGGAACUAUGAAGAUAACUGGAUCAUAUUUUUUUUCUCUUAACCAGGAGUGCCUCAGAGAUUCUGCUAUGACUUUGGGCUUUCUCUGAGUCUGUGCAAUUUUAUAUUCUUGGGAAGCAUGGGGGAAGGCGGUAGACUACUGCAAUUUUUUUUAUUAAAAUGAGGCUGACUGCCCCCCUUAUUUUAUCCCAAGGACACAAAUAUUUAAUUAUUGAGGCAUUUAAAUCAAUUUGUGACCACCUCCAUUGGAGGGUGUGGCUCUAAGUUGAUUCUAUAAUUGAUAAUGCACUUUCUCAAUGGCUCUAUAGUCAUUAACAACAGGUCUUCCCUCUUCCCACAAGGACUUAAGGACAUUUCCGCCCUUAAAGUUUGAAUUAACAAAUCAGAGACUCAAAGGGGCAUGUUCUAUUUCCUAGGAAUGAUUGAUAUUAUGGUGCUGGGGUUUUGUUGGGGGAAGGGUGUUUGUUUAAUUUGUGUGAGAUUGUAUAUGAGGUAAAGCUAUAAUUGUUUUCUUUCUUCCUUUCCUUUGUGAGUUGGUAAUGACUGAAGUAGAAACUGUACAUCUUCAGGUAAAGAGAGGAAUUUCUCAGUCCACUCUCUGAGAUGUCAGACUAGAGAAACCCUUUCAGCUGCUUCCUAGAUGUACCUAGAUUCAGUCAGAUAUUGGAUACAGAAACCUAAAGUCCUGAGAUUAUAUACUCCAAGGAAAUACAUCAGGGACAGAUAAUUGGUUGAAAACACUGAUGCUUCAAUGUGACACAUUUGUAUAGAACAUUUCUACCAGAAGGUACUGACUUGAUUUCUCCACAAGGACCACACUGCCUUUGUGUUUAUUGCAGUUUGUGUAUCUUCUGAUUAUCUGCAAAGUUUCUCGUUUUUAUAAAACUUUGAAAUCAUGCCAGUAAACUAGAUGUUGAAUGUAAAUGAGUAGCAUUUGGUAACUGCUAAGAGGCUACAAAAAUGCAUUAUUAGUUUAAAGGCUCUUUGGUUGGAUAAGACUUUCUUAUAAUCUCUUCUGGGUCUCAGGCUUUGUUUGAAAAAGAAGGGAAUAUAUUAGAAUUUUAAAAAUCAGUAUUGUGACUUCAAUUGCUAUGAAUUACCCAUCUCAAAAACAUCAGUUACACACACUCUCUUACAUGUAGACAUUUUAUGGUAUUGUGAAUGGAAAUUAUACUGCCUUUAUAGGAAGCAAGUGUUCUCCUAAUUGAUAAAGUUGUUUUAUCUCUAUUUACCAUAAAGUUUGAUAAAUAACCAGGAAAACGACUCUCAUUUUUUUUUUCACACAUAAGCCACCAUUUUUGGAAGAGUAGUCUGUCUGUCUAUUAGUUUAGGGAGCAUUGUGUUAGUAUAACCUUUAAUUAGAUUUGAUAGUUUAUAACAUUUUUCAGCUCCCAGCAAAUAGAGAACUAGAACCUCAGCUAUUAUCCACAUCAUUGCCAAAGUUUGGAGUAAAGCUGAAAGCUGAUAUGUGAUCUAUUGAUUGAUUAUAAUAUGCAUAUGACAUUUCUAUUUAUCACAGACAUAUUUUAGCCCUAUUUCUACUAAUUUAAGUAAUUAAGAGAUACCAAGUAAACUAAAAAAAAAAAACAGAGUUGUAAAACAGUAAAAAAAAAUAGUGAAAAUGUUUUUGUAACCUACUAAACGGAGAAGCUUUCUAGUGCAUAAAGGAAGGUAUCAGUCUUAUACAGCAAAACAUGCCUACUUUAUGCUGGAGGUCGCUGGGCUCAAGUGCACACAGAUUGACAUUUAAACCAAGCAUUUUAGAUAAAGCACAAAAGAAUACCAAACAAUUUGAAAGUAUAGCAUAAACUGUUGUAAGUAUAAGAAAACAUCCUUUGAUUAGAACUGUUAUAACUGAAGGGUUGGUUUUAAGAUAUUUUUCAGAAUCAGGAAUGAUGGCACACACCUUUAAUCCCAGCACUCCAAAGGCAGAGGCAGGAGGAUCUCUGAGUUCAAGGCUGGCCUG